AACAAGAAUAAAGCUGAAGGACCCAGUCUCCCUCCUUCACUGCAGAAGGCAGGGCAGGUUAAAGUAGGAAGAAGCUAGAGGCCAGUCUUUUUCCAAGCAAGGAGACCGCUUUCCAGGCUUAGCUGACAUGAUUAAAGUACUUCUGAUUUCUACAGCUUUGCUCCUUUCUCAACACCGAGGGACUGCACGAAGGGAAUUACCUGGGGUGAAGGACUAUGAAGUGGUAUAUCCACAAAAACUACACACGUUACAUAAAAGAGAUGUAGCAGGAAAUCAAAAUCCCAACAAUGGGGCAAGAUAUGACGACAGGAUGCAAUAUGAAAUUAAAGUCAACGGCGAGAAAGUGAUACUUCAUCUAGAAAAAAAUAAGGAUCUAUUUGCCAAGGACUACUCUGAAACUCAUUACUCACAUGAGGGUCGAGAAGUGACAACAAGCCCUCAGAUCAAGGACCACUGUUUUUACGACGGUCACAUCCAAAAUGAUAAUGACUCAGAAGCAAGCAUCAGUGCCUGCAGUGGUUUGAAAGGAUAUUUCAAGACCCAUGGUCAAAGAUACCUUAUCCAACCCCUGAAGCUCACAGACAGCGAGGAACAUGCAGUCUUUAAAUAUGAAAACCUGGAAGAUGUUGAAGGCCCAAAAACUUGCGGCGUAACCAACACUACGUGGGAAUUAGAAGAUCCCAUCAAAAAGUCCUCUAGAUCCAGCACCAGUCUGGAAAAACAGGAAUACCUGAAAGCAAAGAAGUAUGUCGAAGUCUACAUAGUUGUAGACAAUGCUGCGUAUAGGAAGUACAACCGCAACAUGACGAGUAUAAGAACACGGGUUUUUGAAAUAAUCAAUUACAUCAACAUGGUUUAUAAAGCCAUAAACAUUCAUGUGGCUUUGAUUGGUCUAGAAAUCUGGUCAGCUGGGGAUCCGUUCACUGUGAAUUCUUCAGCCGGCACCACCUUGGACAAAUUCUCAACAUGGCGUCAAACCAAACUGCUGAAACGGAAGAAUAAUGACAAUGCUCAGUUACUCACAGCGAUUGACUUUGAUGGGCCAACAGUAGGCCUGGCCUUUGUGGGAACCAUGUGCAGUUCUACUCAUUCCUCAGGCAUUGUUCAGGACCAUAAUUCCAAUCCAAUUUCAAUUGGAGCCACCAUGGCACACGAGAUGGGGCAUAAUUUUGGCAUGAAUCAUGAUACUAGCUUCUGCAAAUGCAAUUCUGGAUCUUGUAUCAUGGCAGCACAACUCAGCUACAACAUCCCCAAGGAUUUUACUGCAUGCAGCCUCCAGGAUUUUCAGAAAUACAUUUUGGACCGAACACCAGUAUGCAUUACCAAUAUGCCUGCACUGAAAGACAUAGUAGCACCCCCUGUUUGUGGGAACAACUUUGUAGAGAAAGGAGAAGAAUGUGACUGUGGAACUCCAGAGGAAUGCACAAAUAACUGCUGUGAAGCUGCAACGUGCAAGCUGAAGCCGAAUGUCAAAUGUGCAUUUGGAGAGUGCUGUGAAAACUGCCAACUUAAAAGAGCAGGGACUCUUUGCCGACCUAUAAAGCAUGACUGUGACCUGCCCGAGCUGUGUACUGGCCAGUCCCACGAGUGCCCAGUGGAUCGAUUCAGAGUCAAUGGAUACCCUUGCAGAGAUGGCCAGGGUUAUUGUUACAUGGGGAAAUGCCCCACCCUGCUGAGCCAAUGCAUUGCUCUUUGGGGAUCAGGUGCUACAGUAGCUGUAGACUCUUGUUAUAGGACUAACCAGAACGGAGUUUAUUAUGGACACUGCAAAAAGGGGAACGGCACAUUCAUCCCCUGUGCAAAAAAAGAUAUACAGUGUGGGAAGUUAUUCUGUACUGGUGGUUCACAAAUGCCUACAGCUGGAAACCUACUAUCUUUUGACACAUGUAAAGGCAGUUUUCCCAACGACAAUAAUGAAGACACAGGCAUGGUCGCUGCUGGAACUAAAUGUGGCAAUGGAAUGGUGUGCAGCAAGGGACAAUGUGUUGAUAUCGAGAGAGCCUACAAGUCAACCAACUGUUCCGCCAAGUGCAAUGGCCAUGCAGUGUGUGACCAUGAACUGGUAUGCCAGUGUGAAGAAGGAUGGGCACCACCCAACUGCGAUAGCUCUACAACAGUUCAAUAUUUCGCCAUCAUUGCCGGUGUGCUAGCUGCCCUUGCCGUCAUUGUGAUAAGCGCUGCUUUAAUCAUCCGCUACCGAAACGCUAAGAAGAAGCAAGCUCAGAGUGGCCAGAGCAGAGGUGUAUCUGGAGAGACAAACCAAGGCUUCUCAGGGCAAGAACAGAAGAGAAGACAGAAUGCUGCACCUGUCCAGGUCCACGACACAAGAUUCCUCCUUCCCACUCCUCCACACCAGGCAAACAAGCCACAAGUCUAUGUUAAUAUCCCAGAGGAGAGAUCCAAUGGCAGGCCAGCCAUCCACCAAAAUACAAAAAUGCCUAUCGUAAAGCCAACCAUUCCACCACCUCCAGUUCCUACUGCCAAACCAGAUUUUUCUCCUGGCAUGGGCAAUUCUGUAGCACAGACGAAGUCCACUCCUUCACCAGUCCCUAAGGGCAAACCUGCACCCCCACCACAGGCUUUAAAACCACCAGUCAAACCCAGAGUAUGAAGCUACUGAAGAAGAAUUGAUCGAGAUUCCUGACAUUCUGAGGGACUGUUUCCAUCUCUGUUCACCUUGUGGUUCCUGCCUUUGCCAAGGGGAAAUGAUGAUAGUACCAAUAACUUUUUUUUUUUGUAAAUGGACUAGCAAUUUCCUUGAAAGAAAAUGUGUUUUUUCAAAUAAUGUUGUAGUCCUUGGAUAGUGACAUCAGCCUGCCAUUCCUGGCUUUCCUGACGAAAAGCUAGGGGAAUAGCAAACUGCACUGAGGGGUAGACCAUAUGUGAGUUAUUAAACCAGCUCAGUAUAUGUUUUAGGUUGGACAUUACAAAAAAAACAUCUUAACUGUCAGGGUGGUGGUUAAGCACUGGAAUAAAUUGCUUAGGGAGGCUGUAGAAUCUCUGUCAUUGGAGAUUUUUAAGAGCAACUUAGACAAACACAUCAGGGAUGGUCUAGAUAAUACCUUAUAUUAUAAUAAUAAUAGUCCUACCAUGAGUGCAGGGGACUGGACUAGAUGACCUCUCCAGGUCCCUUCCAGUCCUAUGAUUCUAUAGUCUAAGAUUUGGGAAAGUCUGUAAAUUGCAAACUACAUGUAAAGUUAAAGGACCAUCAAAAUAGCUGGAUCAAUGACCCAACAUUACCUUCAGUGGUGAACAAUACCUGAUGUUUCAAAAGGAGGUGCAAAGCUGUCCAUAGUAGAACAAAAUUCCUUCCUGACCCUUGGAGGAAGUCAGCUUGUAUCAUUGAAGCAUGAGGCUGGAUUACCUUCCUGUUGGUCAGUUCAUUAGCUCUUGCACUGAUUGGCAAUGCUUGAGAAGUAUUUUGGUUUGGAAAAGAUCCUUUGGGAUUAUAGUACCCCUUUAUUCUCAAUCACUUAAAAGGCCCCACAGUGAGCCAUUUUGAGUUGGGAAGAUUGGAGACAUGAUCAGAGACUGUAUGAGAGUCAACCAGCUAGUUGCUUGGAUCACAGGUCUCCUGGAGAGCAUGCUUUGCCAGCCUGACAUGGAACUUCAGAUGCCAUAAUUGAACUCCAAGGACAAUGAAAUAAAAUCCCUUAAUUUGUUUUAUUCACCACUUAGUUCCAGAAAUAUCUACUUCACCCACUCCAUUCCAGCAACAACCAGGGCUGGCUCCAGGCACCAGCCGAGCAAGCUGGUGCUUGGGGGCGGCAGCUUGUAGGAGGCGGCAUUCCGCCCAAUCCUACGGCGGCACGGCCGCUUUUUUGGUUGUUGUUGUUGUUGUUGUUCCGCUCUGGCCGCCCUGUAGGGGGCGGCGGCGUGGAGGACGGGAGCGAGCUGCAGCAAGCCCAGCAGGGCAGCCUGCGUCCUUCCCUCCCAGCCGACUGGAGCGGCACGGAGCCCUCCCGGCAGGCGGUGCGGCAGGAGGGGCCGCGUGGCAGAGCCCCGCUGAAGCCCUGGCCGCCCCCCUUCUCACUCUCCCCCCGCUCCGUCCCCAUCCCCCCGCUAGCCGGGAGGGGCCGCGUGGUAGCGCCCCGCUGAAGCCCUGGCCGCCCCCCUUCUCUCUCCCCCCUGCUCCAUCCCCCUCCCCCCGCUAGCCGGGGCACAUCUGCAGGGCAGGGAGUCCCUCUGCACCCUGGCUCUGGCCACGCCGCAGGUUUUUUUUUUUUUUUUUUCUUGCUUUGCCGUUUUGGCUGCCACGUUUUUUUUUUUUUUUUUGCUUGGGGUGGCCAGAAAGCCAGAGCUGGCCCUGGCAGUGACACACUGGUAUUUUCUUAAUUGUAGGAUUACUCUUUGCACUCUGCUGUAUUAUUGUAAGUGUGCUAAUGAGUACUAGGCUGGGCACAUUGAUUUAUUAUUGUAAGACUGCUCCUGGGUAUGGGGCUUUGCACACUAAGAUGUUACUAGAAGGUUGUUCAUUAGUUCUGGGCUGCUGGCACUGCUGUUAUUGAUACUUGUGGCAUUGAUAUGAUUGAUGUUACUAGCAUCAAUAUAUUUAGGUUAAAGCACAUGGGAGUAUGUGUCAAGGAAAAAUGUUACAAAAAAUAAGAUUAACCUUGUAUCCAAAGCACCCAAAAUUUCAUAGAGGUUCCAGUUUGAACCAAGUUUGGUUCUAGGUCAGAUUCAAAAGCAGAAUGGUCCUUUCAUUUUCAGAACUGGUUAGGAUGUGGCUCAGGAUGGCAGAUUUCCACCACCUGAGCACAAAAGUGUUGCUAAGGGAGAUCUUCUCCCGGCUAGAGAACCACCGAAGUGAAGUCAUAGCCUUGAAUUAGCCUCCACGUGAAAUUUGGAAUCGCCUCCUAACUCAAAUCCCGAUCAGGUUCUGAGCACUCCGUUUGGCCUGUUCUUUAAAAUGAGCCAUAUUCUCAGCUGGUGUAAAUCUAAGCUGCAUAGAUGUUAGCAAAGUUGUGCCAAUUUGCACUAGUUGAAAUUCUGGCUUACAAAAGUCUUAUUGAUAGUUAACAGCUACGUUAAAAAAAAAAAAAAAAAAGAGG